UUCGCCAUGGUUCGCGUUGGCAUGUCCUUGUUGCUGGUCCUCCUGGUGGCCAUUUCCGCCACCCAGGCGGCAGUGCGCAGUUUCCCGCCCUUCGAGCAGCUCCAGAACCUCGAGAAUCCCAACCUGCGAGCGGUGGUGCCCUUCGCCGACGAGGAUAACUACCGCCUGCCCAACGACACGAUUCCCAGCCACUAUGCAGUGUCCUUGAGCACGAAUGUGCACACUGGAGACACUGUCUUCAAUGGCACUGUGUCGAUUACCUUGGAUGUGGUUGUGCAGACCACCAAGAUUGUGAUUCAUGCCCGCCAGCUGGAGAACUUCACGGCCAACAUCGUUCGUCAGGGAGUGGAGAAUCCCGUGAACUAUAUUUUGACCUAUGAAUACGAGGACGCUCGCGAGUUCCUCACUCUCAGCCAAACGGGUCUCACUUUCCCGGCCGACACCCAGUGGCUUCUGACGAUCAGCUACCAGGGACAUCUGCGUACGGACAACGGAGGCUUCUACCUCUCCACCUACACCGACGAGGAGGGCAACACCAAGUACCUGGCCACCACCCAGUUCGAGAGCACCGACGCCCGCCACGCCUUCCCCUGCUACGAUGAACCCUCGAAGAGGGCCAACUUCACCAUCACCAUCAAGCACGAUCCCUCUUACAAUGCCAUCAGCAACAUGCCCGUGAACGAGACUGCAUCCAGCUCUGGAGUCACAGCCUUCAAUACGACUGUCAACAUGCCCUCCUAUCUGGUGGCCUUCAUCGUCUCCGAGUUUGUCUACUCGGAGGGCGAACUGAAUGGUCUGCCCCAGCGCGUCUUCUCUCGCAAAGGAACCGAAAACGAGCAAGAGUGGGCUCUGACCACCGGAAUGCUGGUGGAGAAGCGUCUGUCCGACUACUUUGGAGUUCCCUUCGCCCUGCCCAAGCUGGAUCAGGCUGGCAUUCCGGACUUUGCCGCCGGAGCCAUGGAGAACUGGGGAUUGGCCACGUACCGUGAGGAGUACCUGCUGUACAACCCAGUGAACUCGACCAUCAGCACGCAGACCAACAUUGCCACGAUCGAGGCUCACGAAGAUGCCCACAUGUGGUUCGGAGAUCUGGUUGCCAUCGAGUGGUGGACUUACCUGUGGCUUAAGGAGGGAUUCGCCACUCUCUUCGAGAACCUGGCUGUGGAUUUGGCCUAUCCCGAGUGGGACAUCUUCCAGACCUUCCAUGCUGGCUCCUACCAGAGCGCUCUGGUCUACGAUGCCAGCGCCACUGCCCGCCCCAUGACCCACUUCGUCCAGAAGCCGUCGGAGAUUGCCCUGCUGUAUGACAACGUUCCAUAUGCCAAGGCCGGAUCCGUUCUGGACAUGUGGCGUCAUGCCCUGACCAACACGGUGUUCCAGCGCGGUCUGCACAACUACCUGGUCGACAAUCAGUACACUGCUGCCAAUCCCGACAAGCUGUUCGAGGCCAUUGCCAAGGCCGCUGUGGAGGAGAACUACGCCGUGCCCGCCACCAUUGCGAAUAUGAUGGGCAGCUGGUCGAACCAGGGUGGAGUACCCCUGUUGACCGUGACCCGUAACUACGAGAGUGGAGCCUUCACCAUCAAGCAGUCGACGUACACCAAUGACAAGGAUUACACCAACGACAAGCUGUGGUAUGUCCCUGUCAACUAUGCCGACUUCUCCAAUCCCGACUUCCGCAACACGGAGGCCACCCACUAUCUGCUGAACCAAUCCGAACUGACCAUCGACGCCAAUAUGGAUCAGAGCAACUGGCUGAUUCUAAAUAAGAAGUCCACUGGCUACUACCGCGUGAACUACGAUACCGAGAACUGGCGACUGAUCACCAAUGGACUGACCACUCGUCCCCACAAGAUCGAUCCCAGGAACCGCGCUCAGUUGAUCAAUGACCUGUACCGCUUCACCACCAGUGGUCGCGUGCCCCAUGCCACUCUGCUGGAGCUGCUGACCUACUUGCCCCAGGAGGACCAGUACUCCCCGUGGUCCGCUGCCAAUACGGUGAUCACCCUGUUUAACCGCUACUUGAGCGGAGAUGCGGACUACGCCCACUUCCAGUUCUACGUCCGUGAGCUGGUGAGCCAGCAGUACGACAAGUUCGGAGUGAACGACCUGAGUGGCGAGCAGCAUCUGGUGAAGUUCACCCGCAACCUGCUGAUCAACAUCGCCUGUCUGGCCGGCUUGGAGAACUGCCUGACAGAGACCAAGGCCAAGUUGACUGCUCUGGUGGAGGAUGGCACCGUGAUCGAACCGAAUCUGCAGUCGCAGGUCUACUGCAAUGCCCUGAAGCAGUCCGAUGACAAGAACUUCGACUUCGUGUACAACAAGCUGAUGAGCUCCACCGACCAGGCCGAGCGUCGUCUCCUGAUCUCCGCCCUGGGUUGCGCCCAGAACACCGCCCAGCUGGAGAAGUUCGUGUCCAGCAGCAUUGACCAGUCGAAUGGCCUGAGGGUUCAGGAGAGGAUCACUCUGCUGAGUCCGGCCUAUUCCCGCGGCGAGGUGGGUCUGUUGGCCUCCAUUGACUUCCUGCAGAGGAACUGGGACGAAUACGCCCAACUGAACACCGGUUUUGGUGGCGUGAAUCCCCUGUACAGCGACAUUGUGGGCAUCUCCGCCUAUGUGGUCAACACCAAGCAGAAGGAGGAGCUGCAGAAACUGGUGGACACCGUCAAGGAUUCCGCCUAUGUGCCCACCACACUGCAAGCCAGUGUGGAUGCCAAUGUCAAUGCCAACAACGCUUGGCUGGAGGCCAACCGGGAUCCCCUGAUCACCUGGGUAUCCGCAUUCCGCAGCGGCAGUUCCGCCCUGAACGCCUCCAUUUUGGCCAUCUUCGCCUGCCUUCUGGCCGCCAAACUGUUCUAAAAUGUAGAUCCCUAAGUUAGUCAUAGAUUUGCACCCGUGCGCCAAUAAAUUCCAUUAAAUCCCUA